UCUGCAAAGCGGCGCUUCCCAGAAGAGAAAAAAAACAAUGGGGAGCGCGGGAAGCCCCGCACCGCACCCCGAAGUGCCCCCGACUCCACUGCCGUUGCCACUCCCUGGUCCCGCAGCGAUGUGCUGGGGGCGGAGGGAGACGGAAAUUCUGCCCCGCUGGGCACGGAGAAAGAAAUCUUCACCUUUUGGGGCGGCCCCAGUGCACCUCUCUGGGAACCCGAAAACCGAGAUCCGGAUGGGGAGGGAGUGGGGGCCUCGGGGACGCGAGGGGCGCGGCGCGACCUCAUACCAGCUCUCACCUCUCGCCUUUCUCCCCUCCAGGAGGUUUGGUACCAAAUGUGCCGGCUGCUCCCAGGGCAUCUCCCCCAGCGACCUCGUCCGGAAAGCUCGGAACAAAGUGUUCCACCUGAACUGUUUCACCUGCAUGGUUUGCAACAAGCAGCUCUCCACGGGCGAGGAACUGUAUAUCAUAGAUGAAAACAAAUUUGUUUGCAAAGAGGACUAUUUGAACUCUCCCAAUUUGAAGGAAGGCAGCCUCAACUCAGUGUCCUCAUGUACAGACAGGAGUUUGUCCCCGGAUCUCCAGGACCCCAUGCAGGACGACACCAAGGAGACGGACAAUUCCACCUCCUCGGACAAGGAGACCACCAACAACGAGAAUGAGGAGCAGAACUCUGGCACCAAGCGGAGGGGGCCCCGCACCACCAUUAAGGCUAAGCAGCUGGAGACCCUCAAAGCCGCCUUUGCAGCCACACCCAAGCCCACCCGGCACAUCCGCGAGCAGCUGGCCCAGGAGACUGGCCUCAACAUGAGGGUCAUCCAGGUCUGGUUCCAGAACCGCCGGUCCAAGGAGCGUCGGAUGAAGCAGCUGAGUGCACUGGGUGCCCGCCGGCACGCCUUCUUCCGCAGCCCACGCAGGAUGCGGCCCCUGGGCGGCCGCCUCGAUGAGUCUGAGAUGCUCGGCUCAACACCCUACACCUACUACGGAGGUGGGCCCGCCGUCCCGUCCCCAUGUCAUCCCACUGCAUCCUUCCCCUUUUCCUUCCCUGCCUUUGUUCCUCCCCAUCUCAGCUCUCCUUUUCCCCGGCCGCCCAGGCUCAGGGCGGUGGCAGCAGUGGUGGCGGCAGCAGUGCAGCCCCUCUCCCGGGAAACAAAGCCCCAGCUGCGGGCUUUUGUGCCCCUUUCAGGCUGCAUUUGUCCCAAUUACCCCCCUGGGCCUGCAGCAUAUGGAAGGUCACCGCCAGCCCAACAGGACAGGGUGGGACAGGGAACCCCAUGGCAUGUGGGGCAACAUAUCUCGCUUUUGGGUAAAGUGCUCUCACCAAUUCCUCUCUGCCCCUACUGCUGCCAGAGCCCUUCUAUAACUAAUAUAUAUAGGUAUGAUGUAUAUUUUUCCUCCUAUAUAUAAGUAUUCUCCAUUUUAUUUUUAUAUUUCUACAAUAUAUCACCUUUACUUAUAUAUCUCCUUUAUAUAUAUAUCCUCCUAUUAUAUAUAUAUAUAUCUUUUAUCCAUAUAUAAAAAUGCAUGCAUACAGGUAUAUAUAUGUAUAUGCACUUAUAUGCGUAUAUUUUUCACUUGUAACUAAGAAUGAAAUCAUGUCCACCUUCUCCUCCUGGAGCUGCUCCCAGACCCUCUUGUUCUCCAUUACCACCCCUCCCAUUCCACCAGCACUGCAGCCAUUAGGAUGGAGGGGCUCACUUUUCUCCCUGCUCAGCCCCACAUUCAUUCCAGCAACACCAAGCGCCCCAGGAGGGUAUCGGGGGGGGGGGGGGCAUGCUCAUCCCUGCAUGGGGGUGCAGCCCUACUUCCCGCAGGUGCUCGGAGUGGUGGCCCCGUGGUCCAGCUCCAACCUUUCCCCACCCUUGCAGAUUACCAAGGUGACUACUACGGGCCAGGAGGCAACUAUGACUUUUUCCCCCAUGGGCCACCCUCCCAGGCCCAGUCCCCGGCCGAUCCCAGCUACCUUCAGAACUCAGGACCCGGCUCCACGCCACUGGGA